AAUCGCCUGCCACAAAUAGCGCAGACGAAAACAAAAAACCGUUAUUUGCGAACUUAAGGCGAACUUAACGGGCUCUGGUCAUACGUGGCAAAAUGAUCCGCAGUAUUAGGGAGCUCGUCGCUCCCGAGGACGUAGGGGUCACUCUGCCCCACGAGCACGUUCUGCAUCAUAUUGGCGCUAAUUCAGCAACCGCUUCCUCUAAUGCUGACCUGGAGAUCCGCUUUGAAGACCUGAUUGACUAUCGUCUCGAUCCUUUCGCUCACGGAGGUCGCAAUCUGCUAAUGCAGAAGGAGGACGAAGCUUUCCGAGAGCUAGAGAAGUUGCAGCAAUUAAAGGGCAAAAAUCUGAAGCCUUUGGUUGUUGAUAUGACCCUCCCAAUUCAGGGACGUGACGUUUUCGUGAAGGAACGACUUCAUUUGGACAAAAGACUGGAAGAUCUGAAUCUACUGACGGUCACAACGUUUGAGGUUGAGAGGAUUAAUGACGCGUUUGCUAUUGGAUUAACAGCGAAGGAGCAGAGUGAACGUAUUGCUAAAACGUUGGAAGCAGAGCUCAUGUUUGGAAUAGAAAGUGGAGGAAGUGUGGUGUUUCCUGGAGCCAUAUACCAGCAGAUUUGCGCGGUUAAUGGAGAGCUCAGUGCAAAGGAACAGGUUCUGGCACACGGACUGGGGUUGGCACAAGCGAAGACACAUGCACCACUGUAUUUGUCAUUUUCGUGCGACGAGCAGAUGAUUCGAGUUUGGAUCCGCGCGCUAUUGGAUGCAGGUGCUGAGAAGAAGAAACUUGUGGUGUGUCACGCGGAUCGUUGGUGUGGAGAAGGAGCCGAUUGCGCAUUUCUUCUGGAGCUGCUGCUUGACUCGGGCGUCUCGGUGCUUUUCAAUAUGGUCGGUCUGCUGGCAGUAAGCGAUGCGAUGAUGAUCAACCCGUGCCUCUCAAGCACCAGUGAAUCUUUGGACAAUGAAGACCAACUACCUCCUUCCGAUAGUCGCCUCGCUAAGUGGAUUGCAGGCUUGAUGAAGACCAAGCCGCAAUAUUCUUCCCAGAUUCUCUUGUCUACGAACGUGCACCAGCGAAUUCAAUAUCGACGCUAUGGAGGUGGAGGCUACACGUAUUUGUUUGAGUAUUUCAAGCACCGUCUUUUGCGUCAAGGAAUCUCUGAAGCUCAAUGGGAUCAGAUAGUACGCACGAAUGUCGUGGAUCUACUGGCUUGGUAUGUACCUCCUGAAGCCCCGCCAAUUCCGAAGAAUUAUCUGCAAUGUUCGAUCUGUGAAAAGUACUUUGAGCCGAUUGAGGGCGAGUAUUUCACCAAGUUUACGUUCAUCUACUGCGGUACCAAGUGUCUACGUCGUCAUAGCAGGCAAAAGUUCGCCCCGCUUCCACCAAAAUAAAUUUGGAAAUGAAGGGGAAAGUUGGAGAAUAACUAUCAUAGUCCGAAGAAAUUUGUCAGUCUUAGACUGGCUUGAUUAAAUUCGCUAGCGAUGCCACUGCACCUUCAGGCAGUCUCUUUCUGAGCGCUCGCUGAAAUGAUGUUGCUUGGCGGAUUUGAGACCUCACAGCUUUGCGUAGCUUGAUAUUCUCCACCUCACUGGUUUGUCGGAGCAGGAACUGACGCUCGGCGAUCCUUUUCCACAUCUGUACUCCACUUGUCUUGAUUGAUUGACGCUUCCCUUUUAACCUACUUCUUGCUGCUGUCGCUGACGCCACGUUCGUUUCUUUCGCACUUCCAACU